CCCACCUUCUUUGCCAAAGUAUUUUCUCACAGUCGUUUACUUGUUUCCUCUUCAUUCAAUCAAUACUACUUUCUGUCAAUAAUAAAGAUCAGAUUUUUCAUCAUGAAAAACCCAAACCCAAACCAAGAACUCAAUAGUCAUAGGAAUCUCCAAAAACACAACAACAACAACAACAACAACAACAAAAGCAGUAGUCAUAUAUCAAUGUCGGACACAGAUUCUCAAAUUGAUUCUUUCCACUCACCUCUCCGAUCCGACUCACCAUUACGUUCCGAUGACCCUUUCCCUGAACCCCACAACCUUAAAUCCCCUUCUAAAGCAAUCGUAUCCGUUGACAAGUACUUCUCCCCAUCGGAAAAUCUGUCUUUUCCGGCGACACCACCGGCGCCGGCGGAGCGCCGGUCACCGGUGGUGUAUUUGAGUAGGGCGAUGAAGGAGAGCACGGCACCUGUGGUGACUACGAAGGUGGGUCCAGGUGCUGACGUGGAAAGGGGAGAGAGGGCGGCUGUGGAGGGUAUUGUUGGAAGGUCGAAAAGGGAUGUUGUGAUGAAUAGGGCGGCGUUAGGGUUUAGGGUAUGUGAGGUUGUGUUUUGUUUGAUUGCGUUUUCGGUUAUGGCUGCUGAUAAAACACAAGGUUGGACUGGUGAUUCCUUUGAUCGUUACACAGAAUACAGGUAUUUGGUAGCCAUUAAUGUUAUUGGAUUUGCAUAUUCUGGAUUUCAAGCAUUUGAUCUAGCAUACAGUUUGACAACUGGGAAACACUUCCUCUCUUACCAUAUGCGAUAUCAUCUCGAUUUCUCAAUGGAUCAGAUACUGGCAUAUCUUCUUAUGUCAGCGUCCUCUUCUGCUGCAACGAGGGUAAACGACUGGGUAUCAAAUUGGGGAAAAGAUUCGUUCACAGAAAUGGCAAGUGCAUCAAUCGCGCUGUCUUUCCUGGCUUUCAUUGCUUUUGCCUUCAGCUGUCUUAUAUCUGGUUAUAGCCUCUGCAACGGCAGUUCCUCAUGAUCUUGAAAUCAAUUACAACUAUUCAUCACAUAAUUUUGAGAAAUUGCUGCAUGUAAUUUUAUUUCUAGUGGAUCAUAAGUUGUACAGAAGUAGUUAAUAGAUUUAGCAGUAUAUUUUUUCCACUCCUAUUGCAGAGGAAUAAAGUGUCGAAAUCCGGUUAAGCAAAAUGUAUUGUUGAGUACGUAAAAACAAUAAUGUCAAAUACGCAUAUAUUCUUUUGGAUAUGGUAUAUGUUAGUUACUAUAUAGAUGUAUUGUGAAUGUUAA